GUGCGGCGCGGAGAAGGAAGCCCGAGAGUGAGAGAAAGCGGUUCCGAGGGGAUAGCGGGCCAGUAAGGGCCGCUCCUCUUUUGAAGCGGUUUUGCGUCUCUUUCCGCCGGUGGCGUCGGCGCUCACGCAGGGGCGGGUCCCGGUAGCGCGAGGCGGUGCAGGGCGGGAAGGGGAGUCGUGGCGGCUGCGGCGGCGGCGGCGGCAGGGUCAGCAGAAGCAGUGGUGCUGUCAGCACGGCCGUCGGAGACAUGGGAGACCCGGGGUCGGAGAUAAUAGAAUCUGUCCCUCCAGCUGGCCCUGAGGCAUCUGAGUCAACAACGGAUGAAAAUGAAGACGACAUUCAGUUUGUCAGUGAAGGACCAUUACGACCUGUUCUUGAAUACAUUGAUCUGGUCAGCAGUGAUGAUGAAGAGCCUAGCACCUCUCAUACUGAUGAGAAUGUUAAACGUAAAGACCAUAUUGAUCAUCAGAAGGAUAAAGUUGCUUUAACUCUGGCUCGUUUAGCCCGCCAUGUUGAAGUGGAGAAACAGCAGAAAGAAGAGAAGAAUAGAGCGUUCAGAGAAAAAAUUGAUUUUCAGCAUGCUCAUGGGUUACAAGAAUUGGAAUUUAUUCGAGGACAUUCUGAUACAGAAGCAGCAAGACUGUGUGUGGACCAGUGGCUAAAAAUGCCAGGACUCAAAACAGGCACAAUUAAUUCUGGAACAAAAAGUUCAUUCCGAAGAGGAGGCCAAAUGCGGGUGUCUGGGAAACCAAUUUUAUGUCCUAUAAUGCACUGUAACAAGGAGUUUGACAAUGGGCACCUUCUCUUAGGACAUUUGAAAAGGUUUGAUCACUCUCCAUGUGAUCCAACAAUUACACUACAUGGACCUUUCUUCAGCUCCUUUGCUUGUGUAAUAUGUUAUAAAAAAUUUGUUACUCAACAGCAAUAUAGAGAUCACCUUUUUGAUAAGGAAGCCACAGAUGAUGGACAUAACAACAACCUUCUUCCUCAGAUUAUUCAGUGUUUUGCAUGUCCAAAUUGCUUCCUUCUUUUUAGCAGCAAGGAUGAGUGUUCGAAGCAUAUGUCUGGAAAGAAUCAUUUCCAUCAGAGUUUCAAACUGGGUGAGAACAAAGGAAUUGCACAUCCAAUAUCUUUUCCAUCUUUUGCAAAGAAACUAUUGAUCUCUCUGUGCAAAGAUGUUCCAUUUCAAGUUAAGUGUGUGGCCUGCCACCAGACACUGCGUUCCCACAUGGAGCUCACUGCCCAUUUCAGAGUUCGUUGUCGAAAUGCUGGGCCUGUAGCUGUAGCUGAGAAGAGCAUUACCCAGGUUGCAGAGAAAUUCAUAUUAAGAGGUUAUUGUCCAGAUUGCAAUCAAGUCUUCGUGGAUGAAACCAGCACCCACAAUCAUAAGCAUAAUUCAGGACACAAAGUCCGAGUCAUUAACUCAGUGGAAGAAUCAGUCUUACUCUAUUGCCACAGCAGCGAAGGGAACAAGGAUCCUUCUUCUGACUUGCAUUUAUUGUUGGAUCAAUCAAAAUUUUCAUCACUUAAAAGAACCAUGUCUAUUAAAGAAUCUAGCUCACAGGAGUGCAUUGCCAUUCCAAAAAAGAAGAUGAAUUUAAAAGAUAAAAGCCAUGAAGGUGUUGCUUGUGUCCAGAAAGAAAAGUCAGUAGUUAAAACCUGGUUCUGUGAAUGCAGUCAGCGAUUCCCAAGUGAAGAUGCAGUAGAAAAGCAUGUUUUCUCAGCAAACACAAUGGGUUAUAAGUGUGUGGUCUGUGGAAAGGUAUGUGAUGAUUCGGGGGUCAUUCGUUUACACAUGAGCCGGAUUCAUGGAGGAGCACAUUUAAAUAACUUUCUUUUCUGGUGUCGGACAUGCAAAAAGGAGUUAACAAAGAAAGAUACUAUCAUGGCACAUGUGACUGAAUUUCAUAAUGGACACCGAUAUUUUUAUGAGAUGGAUGAAGUAGAAGGUGAAACUUUGCCAUCAUCUUCUACAACAUUGGGUAAUUUGACUGCUAACAAGCCUUCAUCAGCUGUUGCUAUUAUUGAUCAUUCCCUGGCAAAUAGUUCUCCAAGGGGCAAAUGGCAAUGCCGGAUUUGUGAAGAUAUGUUUGAUUCCCAGGAAUAUGUAAAACAGCACUGCAUGUCUUUGGCAAGCCACAAGUUUCAUAGAUACAGCUGUGCUCACUGCAGAAAGCCUUUUCAUAAGAUAGAAACAUUGUACCGACAUUGCCAAGAUGAGCAUGACAAUGAGAUAAAGAUUAAAUACUUCUGUGGGCUUUGUGAUCUUAUCUUUAACGUGGAAGAAGCAUUUUUGAGUCAUUAUGAGGAGCACCACAGCAUAGACUAUGUGUUUGUGUCAGAAAAAACUGAAACUUCAAUUAAAACUGAAGAAGAUUUUCCAGUAGUAGAGACCAGUAACCAGUUAACCUGUGGUUGCCGUGAGAGUUACAUCUGUAAAGUCAACAGAAAAGAAGAUUAUAGUAGAUGUCUCCAAAUCAUGCUGGAUAAAGGAAAACUGUGGUUUCGCUGCAGUUUAUGUUCGGCAACAGCACAGAAUUUAACCGACAUGAACACUCAUAUCUAUCAAGUGCACAAAGAAAAGAGUGAUGAGGAGGAGCAGCAGUAUGUAAUCAAGUGUGGCACCUGCACCAAAGCAUUUCAUGAUCCUGAGAGUGCGCAGCAGCAUUUCCAUAGAAAACAUUGCUUCUUACAGAAACCUAGUGUGGCUCACUUUGGAUCUGAAAAGUCAAAGCUGUGCAAGUUUACUGCCAGUGCCUCACAUACAGAGAGAAAACUGAAACAGGCAGUAAACUAUUCAAAAAGUUUAGACCUGGAGAAAGGAGUUGAGAAUGACCUAAGCUGUCAGAAUAUAGAGGAAGAAAUUGUUGAGCUUCCAGAUUUGGAUUACCUGCGAACCAUGACUCAUAUAGUCUUUGUAGAUUUUGAUAACUGGUCAAACUUUUUUGGUCAUCUACCAGGGCAUCUAAACCAAGGAACAUUUAUUUGGGGCUUUCAAGGAGGAAACACCAAUUGGAAGCCUCCGCUCAACUGUAAAAUUUAUAAUUACCUGAACAGGAUUGGAUGCUUCUUCCUUCAUCCUCGCUGUAGUAAAAGAAAAGAUGCUGCUGAUUUUGCCAUAUGUAUGCAUGCUGGCCGUCUAGAUGAACAACUACCCAAGCAAAUUCCUUUCACCAUCCUCUCAGGAGAUCAAGGUUUUCUGGAGCUAGAGAAUCAAUUUAAGAAGACUCAGAGGCCAGCUCAUAUACUAAACCCUCACCACUUAGAGGGAGAUAUGAUGUGUGCCUUGUUAAAUAGCAUAUCUGAUACCACCAAAGAAUGUGACAGUGAUGAUAACAUGGGUGCCAAAAAUACUUCAAUAGGAGAAGAAUUUAUAUCCACAGAAGAUGUGGAAUUAGAAGAAGCUAUUAGAAGAAGUCUUGAGGAAAUGUAAUUAAAGAUAUUACCACACAACAUCAAGUGGCCUUGAAGAGACUCAGAUAAUGAAUUCUUGAGUUUGUUUUCUAAAGGAGACCAGAAAUCCACUAUUACAAAUGUAUUUGAAAACAUGGUUUUGCUUUCAUAUGUUCAAAAUCUGAUCUUUGUUUUGUAUUUUUGUGUUAAUGUGCAAACAUGUACAGAAGGAAUAGAAUACAUGUUCAUGCAAAUAUAAAUCAUGUAUUCUAAUAUAGGUAUAACAUUUUCCCAGUUAACUUUGAAUUUAUAUAUUUAAAGGAUUUAAAAAAAAAAAAAAGGAAAGCUCUUAACAGUUGUUUCCCAAAUAGCAUUAGUUCUUUAAUUUUAUUUGUACUGUACAAAUGAUUCUAGUUUAUUUUUUUAGGAGUGGAAAUGAAUAUAAAAAAGGUGACAUAGGUCAAGUUUUCCAUAAAUUCUACUUCUCAUGUGGCACUAUUAUAUAUUACCUUUGAGAUCUUUGUUUAUGUUUAUUAGAAGAGGGUUAAUGGAAACUGAUCAUGGAAACACUUAAAAUUUUAUCAGCAGUGUUCUUUGUGGGUGCCAUGCAGAUGUGAAUUAUUGCUUUAAUUAGAGCAGCAGAUUGCUAAAAUAAAAAAUACAUCUUAAUCUUUAAGAAAUAAUUUAAAUGAAACAAUUUCCAUUCCUUUUACCUGCUUAGACUUUUAUGUGACUUGUAUAAUCUCCUGUUUAAAGGGAAUAGUGUCAAAAUAUUUGCAUAAAAUUAUUUUUCAUAAUACUAGUCCUUUUUUUAUAUAUUUGUGUAAACAUAAUAUUCUUCAAGAAAUAAUGUUGAAAGCCUACUCAGGAAUAAUCUUCCUAACUCUUGAAAAUUUUUAUUUCAUAUGGAGUGUCUUCAGUUUAGUUAUUCACUGAAUUGUCAGUUUCCUUCAUUUGGUAUUACAUAUUUAAUUCUUAAAUAUUGAGGCCCCAUUGUGAGUAAUACAAAAUACGACAUAAGUAGAAGACUAAGAAGGGCUUGUCAUAUUAUCUUUGUGUAUAUGCUUCAUGUUAUUUGACCAGAAAUGUCUUAUCUCUAAAAAUUUUUAGUAGUGAUUAUUUACCAAACUUAAAAACAUUUCCAUAAAUAUAAAGCUUUCCUUUAUAUUUAAGACAAAAUAUAAAGGCUAGAAUUUUGUUCCUUCUCUGUAACACUAAAUAUUUUAGUGUGAAAUUGAAUUUUUUUAUUACUAUAGUCUUUUCAAUCUACAAUUUGUGUUUUUAAUUUCUUGAUAUGUCACUUCUGUUCCUCCCUGCUUGCAUUUUUUUAAAAGUAGACAUUGUGGCUUGAGAAUUUAUCAAUCAUCUUUCCAAAAUGACCACAUUGUGCUUUUAGUUUGUAUGUUUAAGUGGUCAAGCAAGGCUCUAGGAGGUAGUCACUGAGCUGGACCUUAAACACAUCUGCAGGAGCUCACAAAAUAGGAGCAAAAGAGGCAUUCCAGAAAGAUGAGUGGUUAAGCAGAUGUGGGGGCAGGGCAAAAGGAGACAGCUCCUUGUUGCCAGAGAUUCUACACAAAGGUGUCAUGGACACUGAUGCUCUAUUAAAGAAGCUUUUGUGGUGUGUGGUAGAGAAUAAGGCUUUUGAUAUGACAGGAAAGGGAUAUUUCAUCAUGACUCUUAAGAAAAGGUAACUGAGUUGUUUAAUGUUUUAAUUGAUAAUUGUCACUGAUUGUAUUUCUACCUGUUAAAUAAUUAAAAAUCAUCUUAAAAUUCAUACUUUGGCUUUAAUUUAGACAAAAGGAGAUGUAAUCGCUGUGUAACAUUAGAGAAAGUUAUAUGGAUUAUCAUCAAAAGUAAAUGUUUCUAACAUUGACAAA